GCGGGGCCAAUUGACGCGUAAAUGGAUUUCUGGCACGCGUCAACUGGGCCAAUUCCGACCUACUAGAUUUCUAUACCAUUGCCAGUCUCGCAGAUUCUCUUCAGAGACGAUACUGAGGAUACCACCAAGGACCCCUUCCUGCCUCCCCUUUCCACCAAUACAAUCACGAUGGCUAGCUUCUUCGAUCUCAAAGCAAGAAAGCAAGCAGCGGCCAAUGGCGCUUCAUCCCAAAAGCAGGACAAGUCUUCGCAGCCACCACGAGCGCAACCGUGGGUCGAGAAAUACCGUCCGAAGACCCUCAGCGACGUCACGGCCCAGGACCAUACUGUGACUAUCCUGCAGCGCACUCUGCAAGCCUCCAAUCUUCCACAUAUGCUGUUCUACGGCCCGCCAGGUACCGGCAAAACCUCGACCAUCCUCGCUCUUGCAAAGGAGCUCUACGGCCCCGAACUCAUCAAGACUCGCGUCCUCGAGCUGAACGCUUCUGACGAACGAGGUAUCUCCAUCGUACGCGAGAAGGUCAAAAACUUUGCACGCAUGCAAUUGACGAAUCCGACUGCCGAGUACAAGAAGCGAUAUCCUUGCCCUCCCUUCAAGAUCAUCAUCCUCGACGAGGCCGAUUCAAUGACGCAAGACGCGCAAAGCGCUCUGCGUCGUACAAUGGAAACAUACAGCAAGAUCACACGGUUCUGCCUGAUCUGCAACUACGUCACACGCAUUAUUGACCCCCUUGCCAGCCGAUGUAGCAAGUUUCGUUUCAAGAGCCUGGACCAGGGGAACGCUAAGCGAAGGCUGGAAGAGAUUGCGAAGAAUGAGGGUGUCGAGCUCGAAGAAGGUGCUGUUGAUGCCCUGAUCAAAUGCAGCGAGGGUGACUUGCGAAAGGCCAUCACGUUUCUGCAAAGUGCCGCGCGACUUGUCGGGGCGACGGAGAAUGCCGACGGGGACCAGUCGAUGGACGUUGACAAGAAGCCGAUUACGGUCAAGAUCAUUGAAGAUAUUGCUGGUGUCAUCCCCGAGUCAACGAUCAACAAAUUGACAACUGCAAUCCGUCCUCAAAAGUCCGGGGACACGUAUCAGAAUGUCGCCGGUGUAGUUGAGGAGAUGGUGGCCGAUGGCUGGAGUGCAGGCCAGGUUGUCUCUCAACUCUACCAGCAUAUCGUUUACGACGAGGCCAUUCCUGACGUUCAGAAAAACAAGAUAGUUCUCAUCUUUUCCGAGGUAGACAAGCGGCUUGUUGACGGUGCAGACGAGCAUCUUUCAAUCCUUGACCUUUCGCUCAGGAUAUCGGGAAUCAUGGCCGGCCGGAGUUAAUUGAGAUGGUGUUGCAUGGACAUGCGAGAACAAAACUGGAAGGAGUUGGGGAAACUGGGGAUAGUUCACAAUUAUGAAGGUUGAUUUGAAAGCGCUCCAUUAUCGUCGUGGCGAUUUUGUGCUUUCCUUGCUCUAUAUCAGUCAUGUCAACCCAUGAGGCCCAGCUUACCAUCCAAGACAGCCCAAGGGUUGGCUCGAUUACCCCAUUUGAAUGUGGCAGCAUCCGGGUGCUGUCUUGCUCCAGCCUUGCGUGAUGGUUCUUCUGUCAACCAAAUAUCGUCUUCUGUGGUGUCGCCUGUAAUCACCCUGUCAUGUUCAUUGCGUUUUCGUCCAAAGAGCUGUUCAACGUCGUGAAGCGCCUUCAUAGACCCCUCGAGUGCUAGGUGCCCUUCUUCGACCUUCUCCGCUACAGUCUCCAUCGUGGAGAUCUUUGCCGAGUCCGCGGCAUACACCCACGGCCUGACUUGACUGACUGUGUCUGGUGUGUCUGACGCAGCUGCUGACAUGUGCUCAUCAAAGCCCAAUUUACCUCUCUUGGCGGCUGGCAUGGAGUGGCUUGGAAGAAGUUGGCUUUCCUCAGCCAGGUGAACCAGAAUUUGUCUCGUAUCUUUGACUUGCUGAGCCAAGAUGUUGUUGAUAUGAGACUUUUGUUGGAUCAUGCCCUUUUGCUGCCGUGAUAGAUCGAGAAGGUCCUCUAGGUAGGGAAGCAUAAUGUGUCCAGCAGAUGAAGGUAAGUCUUCCGCCUCUUCCACCCUUGGCGUCUCCGAUGUUUGGCUGAGCUUGAUGAUUGGGCGUGUGCGUUGAGAGGCGAGUGUCAGGAGGGACUUGCGCGUCGCAACGUAGCUUGCAUAUUUCUCCUUCACCUGAGCAAGUUGCUGCGACAAGUCGACGUCUGCAGAACCAGCUUCGACGCCGUUGUUGGGAGGUUCUCCUAAAGUGUCUUGGUCUGCAUCGUCACCAGUUGCCUUGCUAAGCUCGGUCUCGAUCCAGUUGAUGAGCUCAUUCCGUGUAACGUUCAGAGCGUGCAGCCUCGCCAUCUCACCGAUAGCGUCUUUGCCGGGUUCGACGCGGUCCCGCACCACAUUGAGGAGCUUUUCUUCUUGUCGCAGGAGAAUCUUAGUGCGCAAAACCACUUUUUCCAUCUCGUUGACGACAGCGGCGAGGUCAGCUUUGGCGGCUGUGGUGUCUGUACCGAAACUGUUAACCACUUCGCGGGGCACUUGUGGCAGUUCAAUCGAGUCAUUGUAAAUCUCUUCGAGGUUCAGGAAAUCGGGUGAUGCUACUGGCUGCUGUGUGAGUGUGUCUAGAUGCUUCUGUAUCGCUGCGAGCCUUUCAUGUUUCUGUUGUAGCUUGAUGAGCGCGAGGUGUUCCCGCAAGUGGUCCGCCGAGCUCUGCUGGUGUUUGACUGGAGCCGUGUCGGACAGCGAGGUUUCACUAAGCUGCGCAUGUUCCUGGCGUGCUUUGAUAUUGGCUCGAACUGCCCUUAAGUAAUCCCGCUGCAGUCCAUGAGUUUCUCGAUGAUGCUGAACCUGGUCGCUGGCUUGAAGCAGUGACAGCGGGCGCUGUAGUGUGUCGGUCUGGCGUUGCCGUUGUAGAUGGAGAGCCAGAACGCGCCUGAUGUAAGAGACUUGCUCCCUCGGCUUGAUGUAAGGCUCGAGGGUCGACUUUAUUUGCUGAAUAGCCUCUGGCUCGGUGUUCUGUACCAUUCUAAUUGACCGUCUCACUGCCAAACUCAGUCGAUGGUGAUGCGGUAAACAAGGUCCGAGUAUUCAUCCGAUCGUCGACGUGAUGAACCAAAUGACGAACCUGUAGAGGAAAAGCCGGCAACACCCGUGAUACCGUACAGAAUAUGUCAAUAGAUCCCAGCAUUUAGGUAUCCAUCGGAUUGGCCGCCAGAUUGUCAAGGACGUACCAUCACAUUC